AUGAGAAGACCAUCUCAAGCUGUUACUGAUUCAGGCGCUCGAACACAUGACAAUAUAGUGAGAGCACAGCCUUAUAAUGCAGCACCAAUUGGUUACUGUGCUUUUGCCUUAACAUUAUUUGUUUAUUCAAUGAUCAUGGCUGGUGCAACUGUUCCUAUCUCAACUUCACCUGCUAUAGGAAUGGGUCUUGCACUUUUCUAUGGUGGUUUGAUUCAAUUUCUUGCUGGUUUAUUUGAAUUACGUAUAGGAAAUGAUUUUAAGGCACUUUUGUUUUGUUCUUAUUCUGGUUAUUGGUUUGGACUUGGUGCACUUUAUGCUAGUACAUUUAGCUUUGCUAGUGGCAUAGAUACAAGUGUAAUAUAUCAAUCAUUAGGUGUUUAUUAUCUUGGAUGGACAAUAUUUACAUUAUGUAUGUUAAUUGCAUGUAUUCGAUCAAAUGCACUUUUGGUAGUAUUUUUCUUCUUUUUACUAUUAACUUAUAUAUUAUUUACAGCAAGUUAUUAUUGUUCAUGGGAUCAAAAUUUAUCACGUGCAGGAGGAGCUAUUGGAAUAUUUACAUCAGUAAUUCUUUGGUAUAUAGGAUUUGCAAGUUUCAUGGUAAAAGGUGAUAAUUCAUAUUUCACUUUACCAAUGGUUGAUUUACCAACAAAGCCAAGACCAGGUGCAAAUCAAGCAGGGCCAGUUGAACGUGCACAACCAAGAGCAUAA